AUGUCGACAUUCAACGUCAACAUCGUUCACGUUCACACCUCCCAAAGCGUUCCUGUUAGCACGCCCAAAUCGCCUCAACACGCUGUAAACUCUUCUGGCGCUGGUGCCCCAGCAUAUGUAGUGGCGCCACACGCGACAUCAUCGUUGAACUAUACAUCUGGACCUUGGACUGAGAUCUUGUCGUUGAACACCAACGUCGGAAACGCAACACCAAACGUGGGUUCCCCAAAACUCAUCCGUUCGUCAGCGGAUGUUCCAGUGAUAAGCGGACUUCCACGAGUCAGAGAUGAAUCCCAAGAUGACAAUGAUAUUGCCAAUGAGUCAGAGUCAUUAACUGUGGACCGUCUUGUCGUGGCAAGCCUAGCUACUGGAACGGUAGACCCAGCCGUUCUCAUUCGCACGUCACGCCACUCUCGAGAGAAGAGUUCACGGGGCGUGAUGCGGAACCAGACGGCGGGAGUUCUUUCAAACAGACAUCACCCGUACAACAUGGCAAAUAGGCCAUCCAGGGCAGCUGUACCGACAAACAGUGGUAAUGAACAUGCAAACGCUUUCUGUCGUCCAUCCGGAGAGACAGAAAACACAUCAAUGUAUACUUCUCAGCACCGAGAACUACACCACGGGGACGGCUCCGGGUAUAACAUUCCCGUUGAGCAGAUGCCUCGACUGGCACCGAGCCCAAACGAAGAUGGAAGGGAGUCGGAGAUGACGGGGUCAACUGGAGAUGGCGAUACAGGGGAGGCUGAACAGCAGCCGCGAAAAAUGCAAGGUCAUAGAAGCGACUAUGACACUUGCUUUAGGAGCCGGGAGGAGAUUUGCUCCCAGGACAAGGCUAGUGUAGGGAAAAGGAAGAGGCGAAAGCGGUGA